AUAAAUCUUAUUUAAUUAUGAGCGAAAAUCCAUUUGAGGUCUUAAAAGAAGACAUGGAAAAUGAAGAAGUUUAUUUAAAAGUAAAUGCGAUGCAUAGGGUGAGAGUUGUAGCCACUUUGUUGGGUAGUGAUAAAAUAAAGUCAUAAUUAAUACCAUAUUUUGAAACUCUGUUAAAGAAAGAAGACGAUGAAGUACUUUUCGCAUUGGCUGAAGAAUUGGGAACUAUUGCUUAAAUCAUCCCAAAUUAAUCAUCAUGCCUCUUGGCAUUGCUUGAAUAAUUGGCAGGCUUCGAUGAAACUGUGGUAAGAGAACAAGCUGUGAGAUCCAUCACAAUUGUAUGUGGAUUUUUGGGAGACAACGAAAUAGCCAACACUAUUGUACCAAUGAUUAUUAGAUUAGCUUCAAAUGAUACUAACUUUACAUGUCGUGUGUCAGCAGUCAGUUUGAUGUGUCCAUUGUAUGCCAGAGCAGGCAAUCAGAAGGAGAAAAUUAGAUAAAAGUUUACUGAGUUAUGCAGUGAGGAAACACCAAUGGUAAGGAGAGCUGUGGCUACUAAAAUUGGGGAAAUUGCUUAAUUUAUGGAUAAGAUCCAUGUGAUUCAGGAUUUGAUUCCUGUAUUAAAACAACUUUGCCAAGAUGAAUAGGAUUAAGUUAGAUUAUUGUGCAUGGAAAGUUUAAUGAAUAUAGCAAAGAUCUUAAAUAGUGGGGAGAAUAAGACCAAUAUUUUACCUCUUAUUAUUUAAUCAGCUGAAGAUAAAUCAUGGAGAGUGAGAUUGGCAUUGUCUAAAAUAUUUGCAGAUUUAGCAGAAGCUGUGGGCAAGGAAAUUGCAGACUCCUCACUUAUUUAGAUAUUCUCUAAUUUGUUAAAAGACGUAGAAUGUGAUGUCAGAGUCAUUGCAGUCAAAAGUUUGGCUAGAUUCAUCAAGUUUGUGUCACCAGAAAAAUUAAAUUUGAUAGUCCCACUUUUGUAACUCUUAGCGAAGGAUCCAUUCUCAUAAGUUAAAUAAAAUGCCUGUGAAGUCAUUGGUCAGAUUGCUUCACUUUUGCCAAAAGAAUACAGUCAAAGCAAAUUAUAACAAUAUUUAAUUGAAUUGAUGGCAGAUGACAAUUAGGAUGUAAGACGAAAUGCAGCCAAAUCUGCAGGGCAAUUUGCAGCUGCCAUUGGUCCAGAGGCUUUGAAUCAAUUUGUUCCUUUUCUCAAAAAAUGUAUGGAUGAUCCAAAAUGGAGAGUUAGAAAGGAGACUAUGCAAACUAUCAUUUAAUUGGCCUUGACUGUUAAGAAUCCUGAUGUCUUUAAUAAGCAAUUGGAAUCAGUUUUUGUAAUGUUUUUAAAAGAUAGAGCAGCUGAAGUGAGAUCUAUGGGAUUAAGCUAAUUGCCUGCUUUGAUUGCUACUUACAAGUAAGAGUGGGCUGUGGGCAACUUCUUAUCCAAAUGUGUGGAAACCUUAUCUAAGGAUGUUGGAUCACUCUAUCGAAUCAAUGCACUUUAUGCAAUCCAAUAAAUUUCUUUUGCCGUUGAUGGCCCAGUUGCUUAGGAUAGAUUAUGGCCCAUCGUAUAGAAGUGCUUGAAAGACACUGUUCCCAAUAUAAGAUUUGUCAGCAUCAGGGUUGCUAAAUCUUUGUCAAAGAAAAUUGAUAACUAAUAAACUUUGAAUCAAAUUAAAUAAGCAAUUAAUGAAUUAGUCGAAGACCCAGAUAGAGAUGUUAAAUUUUAUGCAUAAGAAGCGUUAUAAAAUUGAAUGUCCAAAAUAAUAUAUAUAUAAUUAUAUAAUUAUA